GUCCGCCAGUCUGUCUGGUCGGCGCGCGCUCGGCGGCCGCGGCGGCCCGACGACGCAGCAGCUGCGCUCGCGCUCGGCUCCCCGGCCACGGAACGCGGUCGCGGCCGGCGAGGGUGCACCAGCCCCGGAGCGGCGGCGGGAAAAAUGAAGAACGAAAUUGCUGCUGUUGUCUUCUUUUUCACAAGGCUGGUUCGAAAACAUGAUAAAUUGAAAAAAGAAGCAGUUGAGAGGUUUGCGGAGAAGUUGACUCAGAUACUUCAAGAGAAAUAUAAAAAUCACUGGUAUCCAGAAAAACCAUCAAAAGGACAGGCGUACAGAUGCAUUCGUGUCAAUAAAUUUCAGAGAGUUGAUCCCGAUGUCCUGAAAGCCUGUGAGAACAGCUGCAUCUUGUACAGUGACCUGGGCUUGCCAAAGGAACUUACACUGUGGGUGGAUCCAUGCGAGGUGUGCUGCCGGUAUGGAGAGAAAAACAAUGCAUUCAUCGUUGCCAGCUUUGAAAAUGAGGAUGAGAACAAGGAUGAGAUCUCCAAGAAAGUUAGCAGGGCUCUUGAUAAGGUGACCUCUGAUUAUCAUUCAGGAUCCUCCUCUUCAGAUGAGGAAACAAGCAAGGAAGUGGAAGUGAAACCAAGUCCAGUGACUGCAGCACCAAGCCCUGUGUACCAGAUUUCAGAACUGAUAUUCCCGCCUCUUCCAAUGUGGCACCCACUGCCCAGAAAAAAACCAGGAACGUACCGAGGGAAUGGCCAUCAGACUCACUACCCUGCUCCUGUUCCAUUUGGUUACCCAAAUCCAGGAAGAAAGAAUAAGCCAUACCGCCCAAUUCCAGUGACAUGGGUACCUCCUCCUGGGAUGCACUGUGACCGGAAUCACUGGAUUAAUCCUCACAUGUUAGCGCCACAUUAGCUCAUUUUGAUUGUGCUGAUUGUCACAUGGGUAGAAAGGAAGACUAUACCUUAUUAUUACGCUAAAAGGUCAUACUUGUAGUAAAGUUAGAUGGACCAAACCAUCAAACUUAUUUUUAUAGAAAAGCUACUGAGAAUAAUCUUUCUUAAAAAUAGUAUAUACAUAUAUAUAUAUAUGUAUGUAUGUGUGUGUGUGUAUAUAUAUAUAUAUAUGGACUUUAGAUAUAUUGAAAUAGUUUAAGAAACUUUAUUACAGUUAGUCAAGUGCCUAAGUUUUUAAUAUUGGACUUGAGUAUUUAUAUAUUGUGCAUUGACUCUGUUGGAUACAGAAACACUGUAGGAGUGGGCAAUGUGUUCUAGCACCUUUGAGCAUUUACUUUAUGGAGAAUAAGUUAUUUAUACACGAGGAAAUCUAUUUUAUGUCAUUAUUUAGAAGAAUUGUGUGAAAUCAUGUAGUUGCAAAUAAAAAGUAGUUUGAGGCAUGACAAUGUGUGGGUU